CUUGAUUUUCCUGCGCGCGACACCAUUUUUGGGAUAGUACUGGGAUGAACCCGCAGAUAGGAUCUCCCUAACUUGAGUACAGGCGGUAAGAACAGGGGUUGCCCAGCAUGGCGGCGCACAGUCCAGUCAUCGUCCACCCCUCUCGGUAAGAUACCUAUAUAAACAGCGUUCAUGAACGCGGUAUGGCAGCGUGGUUUUCGGUAGGCGAGGAUAUACGAAAGGGGAAACCUCUAUUUCCUGUAUUUAAAUAUCUCUACUUCUCUAUGUUGAGAAAUUCUAUAAAAAAUGAUUUGCGGUAAAAAACGCCUAACUAUCGCCUUGCUAAUCCGCGUCGCUGUGGUGGGGGCAAGUAGUCCCACGAAAUGCAAAUACCUGCCCGGCGACGCCAAUUGGCCUUCUCAUGAUGAAUGGGCUACGCUAAAUAGCACGGUCGGCGGCCGAUUGAUUGCUACCGUCCCCCUAGGAUCACCGUGUCACGAUCCUACAUACGAUGGAGAGCUGUGCGUUUCUCUGCAGAAUCAAUGGCUCUAUUCUGGUAUCCAUUUAGAGUCAUCUUCAUCUAUGAUGGCACCCCUAUUCGCCAAUCAGAGCUGCGACCCUUGGCAACCACGAAGCCGACCAUGCACUCUUGGCAACUAUGUCAGCUACGCUGUCAACGUGUCCGGGCCAGAUGAUGUUGUUGCUGCUCUCAAAUUCGCCGAGGAGAAGAAUAUCCGAUUUGUCAUCCGCAACACUGGUCAUGACUACUUGGGUAGAUCUACAGGAGCCGGCGCGCUUUCGGUUUGGCUUCAUCACUUGAAGAGCACGCAAGUUUUAGACUGGGAGGAUUCUUACUAUAAGGGCAAGGCUUUGAGGGUUGAAGCCGGAGUCCUAGGAUACGAAGCUCUUGCGGCAGCGCAUGCAGCUGGACUCGUUGUGCUAACAGGCGAAUGCCCUACCGUCGGGAUCGCAGGGGGGUACACCCAAGGCGGAGGCCAUUCAGCAUUGAGCUCUAAUUUUGGCUUAGCCGCUGAUAACACGCUCUCGUUUGAAGUUGUUACACCUACCGGACAGAUAUUGACCGCAUCGCGAACAGAAAACCAGGACCUCUACUGGGCACUUAGCGGAGGGGGUGGGGGCAACUACGGUGUUGUCAUCUCGAUGACUGUCCAAACGCACCCAGAUACCAUGGUAAGCGGCGCAUCAUUCCAAAUCAGCGGUUCGGAUGAGGAUCCAAACCACAUCUUCGAAGCGAUAGAUGCUUUCCAUGCCGCUCUACCUAAGAUCGUCGACUCCGGUGUAAUGAUUAUCUACUACUUCACCAAUACAUUUCUACAGGUUCCGGCCAUGACCGCCUAUAAUAAAUCCUUAGAAGAAGUUGAGCAGAUUCUUGGGCCUCUUUCCGAAUCCCUCUCGGCUAUAGGGGUCUCAUUGAAACCUAAUUACACGGAAUUUCCAAGCUACUAUGAUCAUUAUAAUAACUACUGGGGCCCCCUCCCAGACGGCAACAUACAAGUCGGCACCACGCUCUUCGGAGGUCGUCUGAUACCUCGCUCGGUUCUUCCUAAUUUUUCGUCGACCGCGCGCAAGAUUGCAGAGAUGGGAGUGACUUACAUCGGCGUAGGUCUCAACGUCUCUCAAUUUGGACAGAGCAAAGUCAAUGCGGUACUACCUAAAUGGCGUGAUACGAUUGUGCAUGCGUCACUGACUCUCCCGUGGAGUUUCCAAGUUCCAUUUGAGCAGAACGUUGAGACGCAACUCAACAUAACCAACGACGUACAGCCUGUUAUCGAAGCGGCUACCCCAGGUGCGGGAGCUUAUAUGAACGAAGCAGACUUCCAACAGAGAGAUUGGCAAGAGACCUUCUUCGGGGUGAACUACCCAGAGUUAUUGAGAAUCAAGGCGAAAUAUGAUCCCGCUAGUCUGCUAUACGCCACAGUAGGUGUGGGGAGUGAAGCAUACACUAUUAGCGAGGACGGACGCAUGUGUAGCGCCAUCAAUACAUUUCCUGAACCUAUCACAGAGAUAUAGAUUUGUGUAUCAAGGU